UAUAGCACAGAUACGUUUGUCAGUACAAUCUCUGGCGGGGACACACCCCGUCAUUUCUGAUUGGUGUACAGCAUACUGCUCUGGAGCUUCUGAUUGGUGUGCGCUUCUUGUUGCGGUAUAACCCUGAGGUAGCGCGAAGCGCGCCAAUCUCAGUACACGUGACCGUGUUGUAUGGCACGGAGGGGCUGGGGGCCGCUACCAUGUCUCCCACUGCCGGAGUCAUCCGCCGCCUGGAUGAGAUUGUGGUGAAUAGAAUUGCAGCGGGGGAAGUCAUUCAGAGACCCGCCAAUGCUAUCAAGGAAAUGAUAGAGAACUGCUUAGAUGCCAAGUCAUCAACUAUCCAAGUGACUGUUAAAGAAGGUGGCAUGAAGCUAAUUCAGAUUCAGGACAAUGGUUGUGGAAUUAGGAAAGAAGACAUGGAGAUAGUAUGCGAGCGAUUCACAACUAGUAAAUUGCAGUCAUUUGAAGAUUUGUCAAGUAUUUCUACAUAUGGCUUUAGAGGGGAGGCCUUGGCAAGUAUCAGUCACGUGGCUCAUGUUACAAUUACCACAAAGACAGCAGAUGGAAAAUGUGCAUACAGAGCAAGUUAUACAGAUGGGAAGCUCAAAGCUCCUCCAAAACCUUGUGCUGGCAAUCAGGGGACACAGAUAUCGGUUGAAGACUUAUUUUAUAAUAUCUCUACAAGGCGGAAAGCUCUCAAGAGUGUGAGUGAAGAACAUGCAAGAAUAGUGGAAGUAGUAAGCAGGUAUGCCAUCCACAAUUCAGGUAUAAGCUUCGCUGUUAAGAAGCAAGGGGAGACCAUGGCUGAUGUGAGAACAUUAUCAAAUGCAACAACUGUUGACAAUAUCAGGACCGUAUUUGGAAAUGCUGUGAGCAGGGAGUUAAUUGAAGUGGGAUGUGAAGAUACAAAGCUGGCCUUUAAAAUGAAAGGCUAUGUAACCAAUGCAAACUAUUCUAUGAAGAAAUGUAUUUUUCUCUUGUUUAUAAAUGCAAGACUUGUGGAAUCAGCUGCCUUGAAAAAAGCCAUAGAGAUGGUUUAUGCUGCCUAUUUGCCAAAGAACACUCAUCCAUUUCUGUAUCUGAGCUUAGAAAUAGCCCCACAGAAUGUUGAUGUAAAUGUUCACCCAACAAAGCAUGAAGUGCAUUUUCUGCAUGAAGAAAGUAUAAUUGAACGAGUUCAGCAGCACAUAGAAAGCAAACUGCUGGGAUCAAAUUCAUCCAGGAUGUACUUCACACAGACAUUGCUGCCUGGAUUAUCUAUAUCUGCUAGUGAAGUGCUGAAGCCUACCUCCAGUUCAUCAGCUGCAGUUCACAAGUCUGGUGAUAAAGUGUAUGCCCAUCAAAUGGUGCGUACAGAUGCCAGAGAGCAAAAGUUGGAUGCCUUUCUUCAGCCUCUACCAAAACCGCAGUCCUGCAGUGUCCAAGAAACCCAUAUUGAGGAAAAAGAAAAUGAAGCCAAUCCAGAAUUCAGCACUACAGAAACAUUGUGUGAUCUUGAAAUGCUUGAGUCUUCUGAUUUAAUGACCUCUUUUGAAGAAAGUGACAUUUUUAAAGACAAUGCUGAUAAAUGUGAAGCAAGUACAUCAUAUGGUGCACUACCCAGGAAGAAAAGACCACGUGUAGAAUCUGAUGUGGAAAUAAAUGAUGCCGAGAUAGACAGGACAAUGACUGCAGCCUCAACCCCAAGAAGGAAGGUUAUCAAUUUAACCAGUGUGUUGACUUUGCAGAAGGCCAUUGAAGAAAAUGCUCACAAAAGUCUCCAGGACAUGUUGCGGAAUCACUCAUUUGUGGGAUGUGUAAAUCCACAGUGGGCACUAGCUCAGUAUCAAACAAAACUCUACCUUCUAAAUACCACAAAGUUAAGUCAAGAACUCUUCUAUCAAAUACUUAUUUAUGAUUUUGGAAAUUUUGGCAUAAUGAGAUUAUCUGAGUCAGCACCAAUAUAUGAAUUAGCCAUGCUAGCCUUGGAUAGUCCUGAGAGUGGUUGGACAGAAGAAGACGGCCCUAAAGAAGGACUUGCUGAAUACAUUGUCCAGUUCCUUCAGAAGAAAUCUGAAAUGUUAAAAGAUUAUUUCUCCUUGGAAAUAGAUGAGAGAGGCAAUCUUGCAGGGCUACCACUCCUGUUGGACAACUAUAUUCCACCAAUGGAAGGAUUACCAAUGUUUAUCUUACGACUGGCCACUGAGGUGAACUGGGAUGAUGAGAAAGACUGUUUUGAAAGUUUCAGCAGAGAAUGUUCUAUGUUUUACUCUAUUAGAAAGAAGUAUAUACUAGAAGAGUCUACCAGUUCUGAGGACAAGGAUUUGGAAACGGAUAAACCUUCCUGGAGAUGGACAACUGAACACAUUUUGUACAAAGCUUUUCGAAUGCAUCUACUACCUAGAAAAGAGUUUGCUGAAGAUGGAAGUGUCUUACAGCUGGCAAACCUCCCAGAUUUGUACAAAGUAUUUGAAAGAUGUUAGCAGUGUUUUUGUUUUUUUUGUUAAUGUAUAUAAUUGUUUCUUAUAUCUUGAUCUUAAUAGAAUGAAGUAAGUCGAAUAUCUAUGCAACAAACUACAUCCUUUUUGAAAAUAUAUAAAGUAGCUGUGAAUAACUGUUUGUUUCAGCAAGGCUUCUGGAAAAUAAAUAAACUAUAUAACUUUUUUUUACUCAUCUAAAUGUUCAGUGUGCGGACACCUCUGUCCGUGUCAGGAACUAUCCGGAGGAGAUGUUUCCUAUCUGGAUUUGCUCCUACUCUGGACCAGGGCUGGAUUAAGAGCAUCAUGGGCCUGUUGCUGAGGAUUUUGAUGGGCCAAAAAGUGGCCACGACCCAUCAGCUGCAUUGCGGCCAUUUGUGGGUCACAGUGUGACUCAAUUUACUUACAUUAUGUGCGACACAGCACGAUGCAUACAAUGUGAGGUAGGUAGCCUGGUAGAUAUGUAGCUAGCUAUAAAAUACACUAACCAAAAUGUCCCCAUAGCCAUUAUUUUAUAGCAUUCACUCCUUAACGAUGCAGGACUUAUAUUUAGGUCCUGUGUCGGCUCCCGCGAGAACGCAGGGUCACUCAGUGACCCCGCGUCAUAUCGGGUCGGGACCCGCGGCUAAUACAGGACAUCGCGGUGAUGCCCUUUAUUAACCCUUCAGACACGGCGAUCAAAGUUGACCGCCACGUUUGAAGGGAAACUGACAGUGUCCCGGCAGCUCAGUCGGGCUGUUC